UCGACCGAGUCCAAGUCCUGCGGCUGAGAAGCCGUUGCAGUUGAGCUUUGUAACCCGAUGAAGAACGACGUCUCCGGUUGAUUUUCGUGAAGAAGUGGAUUUUUUUCCCUGGUGAGAAUUGAUAGGAAGUCUUUCCAAGAGGAAGAGUUGCUGCUGCAGCAGCAAGACUCUUGCAAAGUAAAUCGUGUUCGGUCGGAUUACAGACGAUCAUUUGCGGGAAAAUUCGCGGAAAACGUCGGAUUUCGGUGUGAUCUGCUCUGGAUUUGGUGCGUGUCGAAGAGGAGAAGUAGAACAAAAAUUGGAGUGAACCUUUUCCAUAAAGGAUCCCGUUCUGAAGUGGGGAAGAAGAAUCAGGUUUGUGAGUCAGAGAAAGUUUUGAUCCUGGAAAAUGGCCAAUUUGAUGGUUUUCAAAGUGGUUAAGUGUCGACUAAAAGCCUUUUCCGAUCGACGAGUUCACUGUGAAGCACCUAAAUGUGGAUAAAAUCGAGAUAAAAAAAGUUCCUGGAUUGCUGCUCAACUGAGUGAAAAGUGAAUUUUCGUGCAUUUUUUGGCUCCUUCUAGAACGGAUUACGUGACACAAAAGCGACUGAGCUGCAGGUGAAAAUUUCAGUGAAAGGAUUUGACUGCUGAAGAACAAACCAGCGAUAACAAACUAACGACAUAUACCAACAGAAGUGAAACAAUUAUUUCCAAGGGAGUGUAAACAAUCCCACAAAUGUGAAGAGGAUUUCCUUUCGAAAAAGUGUUACACCAUUCAGUGCGCGAGUGUUAUAAUCUACCCCUUUGAAGAAAGUGAGAACCUCAACCAAAUAAACCACCCGUGAGUGUUUCUAGUGUGAAUCCGGUCCGCUGCUGUGCGCGAGUACCGUCGGAAAAUCUCUGAAUGCUCUCAGAACUUUCUCUACCACAGCGAAAGAAGUGAGUGCCACAUCGAGUGCCUCUCACCCCCUUUUCGCUUCUGUCGUCGAGUGAGGAAAAAGCUCACUCUUUCUCUCCGUUUCCGUCUCUCUCGCUAUCGUGAGUGUAUUUGCCCGCGCGCGCGUGUGUCUGUGUAUUGUUUGUAGUGAGUCCAAGAUGGCGUCGGCGCCCAAAGCUAUGCUAGCAGCGGAUCAGCAGGAGCUCUCUCCCCCAUCAACAACAACCCCACGAAACGGACGACGCCAUCGUUCUCGAUUCCACCCGUGCUCCUCCGUCCCACCCGUUACAUCCCGCUGUUCCUCCUCCUCCUCCGGUUCCGUAAUCACCAGCCGUGACUGCAUCCGGCUCGACAGCAACAGUGACAACAACAAUAAUCAUAAUCGCAAUAAUAAUAAUAACCGUAGCAUUAAUCGUCGCCGUCGUCGGUUCGGUCUUAUGAGUGCGUCGUCGCCGUCGUCGCCCCUGGCGUGGUUCCUAGUGCUGCUAGUGGGCUUUUGCCUGGUGUCCGAUGGGGCCUGGGGCUUCGUGCUGGAUGGGUCCCAGAACAGUUUCGCCCAGUUUCGGAAGUGGUACACCGGUCUGAACGGGACGCUGGAGCUGGAGUUCAAGACCGAACAACCGAACGGGCUGGUGUUGUACACUGAUGACGGUGGGACAUACGACUUUUUCGAGCUCAAACUGGUGGAGGGAGCUUUGAGACUGCGGUACAACUUGGGAGGAGGAGCGCAGAUUAUUACGGUCGGGCGGGAUCUGCACGAUGGACACUGGCACAAGGUGCAGGUCCUCCGCAACGACGAGCACACAACCCUGACCGUUGAUGGAGUAUCGCAAAGCCGGACCUCCCGAGGGAAAGAAUUCCUGUUCGGGAAGUUUGCCACCAACUCGGACGUGUUCGUCGGUGGCAUGCCCAACUGGUACAAUUCCAAGCUGGCCCUGCUGGCACUGCCGAGCGUUAUCUUCGAGCCACGAUUCCGCGGCUCGGUACGCAAUCUGGUGUACUCCGACCAGCCGGGGGUCUCCCCCAGGAGGCAGGAGAUGCGCCAACCCCGGGACAUUAAGUGCGGUGAUUCUCCAUGUGAUUUGACGGCCAUUCCUCGAGAGAAAGUUACGAGGGACACCUCGCACCUUCCCCAUCACCAGCACCAUCACCAACAACAAAACAACCAUCAACAGCAAUAUCAGCAGCACAACUACAGUAGUCGCAACAAAAUUCGUCCAACGGCAGCGGCCGUCAUCAUCACUGCCUCAACCGCGUCCGGAACGGCCGGAAUUGCACUACGUGACGCACAAUUUUCCGGCGUCUAUCCGCCCAACUACGACCUGGUGCACAACUGCAUCCGGACACUUCCCAUGGCCAACGAUAAUGGCAGCACCACCGCCAGCCAUGGCCACUACUACAACAAGGGAACCCGCAGUAACGUGACGGACGCCUGCGAACGGCACGACCCCUGCCAGCAUGGCGGCAUCUGCAUAUCGACCGAUUCCGGUCCGAUCUGCGAGUGCCGCAACGGCGAGUACGAGGGACCCUACUGCGAACGAGAUAAAGCCCCCUCGGAGGCCACCUUUCGCGGGACGGAGUUCCUUUCGUACGACCUAGGCCAAACGGGCGGCGAACCGAUCGUCAGCGCACAAGACGCCAUCACGCUCUACUUCCGGACGCGGCAACCGAACGGACUGCUUUUCUACACGGGCCACGGAACCGACUACCUGAAUUUGGCCCUCCGGGACGGUGGCGUCUCCUUGACGAUGGGGCUCUCGAACGGCAAACAAGAAAUGCAUAUCAAACCAGCGCGGGUUCGCUUCGAUGACCACCAGUGGCACAAGGUCACCGUCCACCGACGGAUACAGGAGAUUUCAACGAUAACCAGCUUUUGCAGGCUGGUAGCCGUCGUAGACGAUGUCUAUACCGAUCAUUCGCACAUUGCCGGCAAGUUCACGAUGCUUUCGUCGUCCCGCGUCUACGUCGGUGGUGCGGUGAAUCCACGGGCACUGCUCGGAGCCCGCGUGCACAACAAUUUUGUCGGAUGCCUACGAAAGGUGGAAUUUUCGGCCGACACCCUUCGUUUGAAUCUGAUCGAUUUGGCCCGAACGGGUUCCAAGCUGAUACAGGUGGCGGGACGGGUGGACUACCAGUGCCCCAGCGGAGACCCGCAAGAUCCGGUCACCUUCACUACGCGGGAGUCCUAUCUGCUUCUUCCGCCGUGGGACGUUUCAAAGCAAGGCAUGCUGUCCUUCAAGUUUCGCACAAACGAACCGAACGGAUUGAUUAUUCUGAACACAGUGGUUCGACAGCCAAGGCCGGACUUCUUCGCGGUCGAACUGCUGAACGGGCACAUCUACAUCCACAUGGAGCUGGGUUCGGGAGCGGUCAAGGUGCGAGCAUCCCGAAGGCGGGUAGACGACGGCGUAUGGCACGAGCUUUCGCUGAGACGGAACGGUCGCGAUGGAAAGGUCGGUGUCGAUGGGCAGUGGAACGACUUCCGGACACCGGGUGAUUCAACGCAGCUGGAGUUGGACAGCCCCAUGUACGUGGGCGGCAUUGGACCUCCGUAUGCCGAUGUGGUGAUUCCUCCGGCAAUUUGGACGGCCACGCUACGGCAGGGAUUUGUCGGGUGUUUGAGGGAUCUGGUGCUGUCGGGGAAACCUGUGGAUAUAGCCGCCUACGCUAGGCAGCAGGAUUCGGGAGCCAUCAAGCCGUCCUGUCACAUAGUACCGACACAAUGCGGCAGCACCGUGUCCCCUUGCCAAAACGGAGGGCAGUGUACCGAGGGUUGGAACCGGCCGCUUUGCGACUGUUCGGCAACGCUGUUUACCGGGCCUACAUGUGGUCGUGAGUCGGCAACCCUGGCGUUCAACGGUUCGCAGCACAUGGCCAUCUGGAUCGGUGGCACCCAAGGAACACGAACACAAACCGAAGAGCUGGUGAUUCGGUUCAAGACUUCCCGUCCGGCCGGCCUUCUACUGUUGACCAGCGCCGAGACCAGUUCAUCGGAUCGGCUUGAAAUCGGACUGGUAGCGGGCCGCGUCCGGGCAAACGUCAAACUAGGCGAGCGAGAGAAGAAUCUACUGGCCGGCCAGGGAGUUCUCAAUGACAACAACUGGCACACGGUGAGAUUCUCCCGGCGAGCGUCCAAUCUUCGACUGCAAGUUGACGGGGCACCUCCCGUCAGGGCGGAAGCAAUCCUUGGACGGCACAGCACCCUGGAGGUGAAAUCGCUGCACCUGGGCGGCCUGUUCCACGCCGAGGAGGAGAUCCAGAUGACGGCGGCCAUGCCGAACUUUGUCGGCCAACUGCAGGGGUUCGUCUACAAUGGGCACCGCUACAUUGACCUGGUCAAAACGCUCGGACCGGAGCUGUCCGCCCUGCCAACGACCACCUUCAAGCUGACGGCCCGUUUCAUCAAUUCUCCCCCUGGAUCACCCUAUCUACCGGCCACCUUCCGCUCGAAGCACUCCUACGUCGGCCUACCGAUGCUGAAGGCGUACUCCUCUGUGUUCAUCGACUUCCGGUUCAAAACCCUGGAACCCAACGGUCUGCUGUUCUACAACGGUGGCAAGCGGAGUGACUUCGUAGCCGUCGAACUGGUCAACGGGCACAUCCAUUACGUGUUCGACUUAGGCGAUGGCCCCAUCACGAUUCGGGACAAAGCCCGGAUCCACAUGAACGACAACCGGUGGCACUCGGUGAGUAUACGGCGGCCGGGACCCAAGACGCACACGCUGGCGGUGGACGAAUCCAUCGAAAUCUUCACCGCCAGCGGGAACAACAUGCACCUGGAACUGGAGGGUAUCCUGUACGUGGGCGGCGUGUUCAAAGACAUGUACUCGCGAUUACCGUCGAGCAUAGCUUCCCGAACCGGAUUCGAAGGCUGCAUGGCAUCGGUGGACCUGGCUGAUACGACGCCAAGUCUGACCGAGGAUGCUGUCGUACCGAGUUCCCUGGUGGUAUCUGGUUGCGAGGGGCCCACCAAGUGUAGCCAGAAUGCGUGCGCCAACCGAGGGAUCUGCGUUCAGCAGUGGAAUGCGUAUGCCUGCGAGUGCGACAUGACCUCGUUUACUGGACCGACCUGUUACGAUGAAUCCAUCUCGUACGAAUUUGGCACCAACAAGGGACUGAUUCAGUACACGUUUCCUCCCGGAAGGCAACCAGACACGGAAGAAGAUAACAUCGCACUGGGCUUCGUCACGACAAAGUCUGACGCGGUAUUGUUGCGAAUAGAAAGCUUGACAACGCAGGACUACAUCGAGAUGGAGAUCGUUGAAGGUAAUGUGUUCAUCGUGUACAACAUCGGCUCGCAUGAUCUUCCACUGGGUGAGAUCGGUGUCAAAGUGAAUGACAAUAACUACCAUAUCGUGCGCUUCACACGGUCCGGAGCCAACGCUACGCUCCAGAUCGACGACUACAACGUGCAGACGCUGUAUCCUACCGGUAGGUAUCGCUCCGAAACUCUCUACAACUCAAAUUUACACAUCUCUUUUUUAUUUUUAGGUCACCAAUCGACGACCUUCACGUCGAUGUCGAACGUCCAGGUCGGCGGUAAGAUCUCUCGUAACGGGCGCUCUCGUAUCGAGCGGCCGUUCAGCGGCGUGAUAGCCGGCCUCUCGGUCAACCGGCUGCGGGUGCUAGACCUGGCGGCUGAACGCGAUCCCCACAUCAACAUGCGGGGCGAUGUGCAAUUGGUAACUGGCGUUUUAGAUAGAAAUGACCAAAGAAUGCAGCAGACUCCGGCCAGCGGCUACCCAGGCGUGAUCGAUGAUCUGAUCUUCAGCGGAGCCGGAUCCGGGUGCCGUGGAGAUGACGAGGACGAGUGUACACCGCCCUUCGAGACGGGCAGCGGCGACGAUAUCAUCACCCCGGUUUACGUUCCACCGACAAAGCAAACGACAGGGGCUGGUGGCGGCAGUGGAGCAGGUGGAAGCGGAGCAGGCAAGGGUGGCCGAAGAAAGGACGAAGGCAAGUUGUGCGACGACGAAGACUGCAUACAUGGGUCCGGUUCCGGCGAGGUAACCGAGGUGUUUACCGCAUCGACGGCCAAGAGUUCAGAGACAAGCCCUGAGGUGACGUACACGACGGUUGAUUUUGAUAAAAAGACCGACGGUUCAACAACGCUAACGACUCAAGGCCGAUCGGAGACGUACGCACCAAGCGAAACGACCCGGGAGAUGGAUACGACGAGUAGUGGUACGACAAGCUAUGGCAGCAGCAGUAGUUCGGGAACGAGUGGAAUCAGUUAUGGAACGACUGUGUCAAUUGGUACGACAGGAACAACGAGCGGUACGACAAGUGGAACGAGCAGUCGAACGACGUAUACCACGGGUACAACGUCGGGAUCGAGUACGUACGGUUCGACGACUCAGCAGCAGACGCCAUCGGAAACGACGGUAAGCUAUCGUGAUCGCGAUCGGGAUCAUAUCCGGGAGACAACGCAACCUCAAGCACCGACUACAACAGAAGACGACGAAAUUAUAGAGGUUAGAGGACCGGAUGACGAAGAUGGUGCCGAAUCGCAACCGCCGUACAAAGGACAACGGAAACCACCGCCAAUAAAGGUGGUAGAGCCACCAAAUCCAGAGCCAGAGCCACCGUAUAACGUUCAUCCACCGGCAUUCCCACCGACGAGAGUUCCGAAGCACAAGGGCGGUCGAAUCAACUCGGAAGCCGAGGAACGAACAGCCAUGAUCAUCGGUAUCGUAGCGGGAGCGUUAAUCGCAGUGAUACUAGUUAUCCUGUUGGUUCUGUGGAUCAAAUCAAAUGGAGAUCGGUCGUACAAGACGGAGCAUGAUAAGAGUGGUCUGUACGGAACGGGUCCAAGUGCAGCUUUGCUGGGCGGAGCGCACACCAAUGCGCAUAAUGCUCACUACAAUACACAUCAACAGCAACCACAUCAUCAGCAGCCUCCACACUACAAUGGUAGUGGUGGCGGAGGAGGAGGAGGAGGAAGCAGUGGCGGUGGGAUGGGACAUCACAGUAAUGGAGGCACUAUGCCAUUGAAUGGGUCUUUGCGACAUCAUCACAAUGGCGGAAACGGAAUGGGUGGAGGUGGAGGAAUGGGAAUGGGCAGUGGUGGCAGUGCUGCCAGUAUGGGCUACAAUGGAAGCGAUCGAGGCAGUAUGCAAUCGGGAGGAAUGGGUCCACCGCAGAAACCGAAGAAUAGGAAUUCCAAGGACAUAAAAGAGUGGUACGUCUAGAUACACUCUCGUCCACUUUUUCACACUCACACAUACAAAAGAACGCACUCACACGCGCAUCAGAGACGUUAUAUUUAUACAUCUUAUUGCCACUAUUACUGGAAACUGGAUAAGACAGACGACUCACACUCACACGCGCAGUGUCAUCCACGGCAGACUUAUUUAUACUUAUCAUUGAUUAAUUAUAGUCGAUAUAUAAUUAAUAAUGCAGAUUGUGAUGAUACAAAAGAAAAACUGUAAAAUUAAGACACACACAUACCUAUCACUAAUCGUUAAAUUAACGGAAAAACAAACUAAGAGGCGUCAAAGAGCAAAACAUUGUUGGGAAGAACAAACUCAUCCAAGUAGGCCGUAAGCGACAACUGUAAAUAGACAAAGAAGAAACACACACAAGAAGAGAAUCACACGAAAACGCUCACAUGAGAUCGAGCAGCUAGAACAGUGCGAAGAGAAUGAACGUGCGCUUGCUAGUGGUAGUGAAGUGAAAGAGGUUUGCAUUUAUUGUUAUCCCAAUUGACAAAACUCUUGUUAUGGCGCGUUUUUUGUUUACGUUCGUUAUUCGUGUUCCAAUCCAGCUUUAAUCGAAAUGUUGUUCUAUAGUUUCUUUAGAAUUUACGAAACUGACAAAAAAAAGGUUUUGAGGUGCUUUACCAAGAGAGCAUAAUGUUUACAUAAAGUGCGAAUCGAAUUUAUUACCUGUCCUUUUUCUGCCUUCGCGAACUGAAACGAGUACGGUAUUUCUCAAUGUUUCCCCCUUCCGCCGUAGAUGACGUUUAUAUCGGAGUUGAAUAAAAAGCGUGUUUAAAAUCUCUUUGAUUUUCUCAGAAUAGUUUACGCAAUCGAAGCAAACUGAUAGUGGCGAACGUUUGAGUGAAAAGCGUUACACACAUACAUACAAACAUCUACACUGUCAAAAGAACACAAGUUACAACCGUAAUUGAAAUAUAUAUAUUUGAGAACGACUCACAAAGCGAGAUUUAAGCGAGCAAAUUGUUUUUUUGCACAAAAAAUUUAAGACUACCAUAAACUGUAAGUGAAAAUUUCAAAUGAUGAGAGCAUUGAUGAGGGAGAAAAAUCUACCGUAAUUUUGAACUACCUUUAAGAAUUCCGAAUACUCAAAGCAAAUCUCUUCAAAGAAAAGAAAACAUAACUGCAACUUACAGCAACAAAAAUAAUGAUAAAUGUUCUCGUUUUUUCGUAUACUCAACUAUAGAAACAAAUCAACUCUGUUUUGCCUCCCCAAUUCCGUGGUUUUGCUCCUCUUUUUUAUAAAUCCGAAAAAAUAAAACAAAUCGUUUUCAAUGUCCCAGGAUCACGAAAUCCACGAAAAACCACUCGCGCGAGUAGACAAGUAAGCGAAACAACCAAAACUAUUUACACAAUCACUACAACCUAAGUAAGAUCGAGAUAUCAAAUUCUAACUUUUGUCGCAACACACGUGAGAGACACAAACACACUCAAAAAGAAAACAAAAAAAAAAACGGAGAGAGAAAACAGGAGAAGAACUAAAAUAUGGAACCGCCGGACUAUUUUUUGACAGUUUGACACUUAUACGCAUUCUAGCAGCAUUGGUGCGAAGAAAGAAAGCGAACAAAAAUUAAGGAACAUUCUCACAUUACCAUUUUUCAUUUUGCUCUCUUGCUCACACUGUAGUAGACGCUCGAUUGGUAAAAAAGGUUCAAACAUGAACAUUUUGCACUUAUCGAACGUUUACAGUUACAGUAGUUGUCUUUUGCGAAAACCGAGAGAGAGUGAGCACAACAAGAGAGACAAUGAGAAAUGAGUCACACUCACACAUACGAAGCAAACCCAACCACUAAACAGAGAGCGACGACCCUACCGAGAGACGACAGCUACACACGAAAGAAACUACCUUUUUCGAUCUUUUCUUCUAUAACAAUCUCUCGCAUGCACCGCACGAAUCUCUUAUGAAACGCAAUGCACGAAACUCCGUUCUUUUGCACCAGGAAAUGUGGCUGGCUUUCGCAGAAGGAAAAAAAAAUACGGCGUAUUUCGGUUUUAGAACUUUUAAGUCGCACUCAUUCGUUUUAUGGCAAGAUUUCCUUCGUCCUACCUCUCGUUUUUUUCGAGUCAAGACAAAUGUUCGCUCAAUUAUUUGUCUUUGGUCCAAAGCUGCUCAAUAUCAGUCAGUAAGGAUCAAGGCUUGGUUAAAAAGUCAAUAUAGUUUGAGUCACUGGGAUGUCAAAACUAAUUUUAAGAAGUUGAUAAACACCAAAAGCAUGACGAAAAUUACCAAAGGUAAUCCACCAAACUAAGAACCAAACUUUUCUGUAAGCAAAUGUAAUUAUAUGAGUCUUUGUUAAUGUAACUUAGUCCAAUUCUGUGUUAGAACCCUGGAAGAAGAUUGAAUAUACAAUCGAAACGUCGGGCGUACAAAAUACGCUUUAUUUGUACCGCUCUAAAGAUUGAAGGCCGAAAAAAUCUCCUGAUCAGCGAAUUUGGCAGCCCACCGACAGCAGGUGGGGGUACAACACAUCCCAGAAGCAAUUCCGGAUCAUCAGAAUCCACGCCAACAGUGCAGUGUUCAGAUCUGCAAUAUCCCAUCGACAACCACUUCGGAGGUACGAAUAAUACGGUCAGAUCGAAUGCCAGUCUGGCACCGUCCUUUGCCGAUUUGACCAAGAAGUUACCCAUUCUUUCGGAUGAUCCGGUAGAGUAGUCACAGCUACGAGACUGCCAACACUGCGACGGUUAUACGGCAGAUCAGAGUUGCUGGUGAAGAGCUGAGCAAGAGGCACCGGAACGAUAGGAAUCGUUGAUGAACUUCGGCCUAUGCGAUCAGCUCGUUAGGCCGCGAAUCUUAGCUGCCAUCUGUGCAAUCCUACGCUGCUCGUCGAGAUAGUGGAGAAGCUUCAGCCGUCGAAUUGGAGUGGGCGAGAUUCAAACGAGGGUAUGCAGAACUGACCCUUAAAAACAUUAUUGGUGUGGGAUAUUAAGCAGAAAGCCCCUUCUGUUGGUAUACCUAUUUAUGAAGGAACUGCUCAUGUUUCCAACUGCAGGGAUUAGAGGUCUCCUGAAAGCUGUCCAUUAUGGCAGUUUUGCGAGGAUUGUUUGUUCGACCACGACUAUAAGAAGUAUCGAUCGAUAAUCCAAUGCAACGUCCGAAACUGUCGAAACCAUUACACAAGUUUACAAAAUAAAACGAAAGUCGUGAACUUCUGUCAACGACCAAAAUUUUUGAAGCACAAUUUAGUGCUGAUUUCGAAACCGACCUUCAAAAAAAUUAAAGUAGAACAGUUUUUGAGUUUUACCUCAAUAUCGAGUUUUGUAACUUUUCAAAAUAUGUAAUUUACUAAAAUUCAAAUAUAUUGCGUUUUGUUCAACCAAUUUUAAAUCUUUUUCCAUAAAUUAAAAGCUGAAUACAAUACCAUUCGAUCAUCUGAAUACAGGUUUUGCGUCAGAUUGAUGAAAUUCAAUAUAUUGGCGAGUUUUGGGGACGAUCUUCUUAAAUUUUAGCAAAAUUCCCAAAUUUUUUUGAAGAAAUGUAUUUUUUUCAAUAAGAAAAAAACAACUUAAAAAUUCUUUCUCGACGUUUAUUUGACAUACACUACCCGUCAUAAGUACGGACUCACAAAAAGUAUUGCAACAAUAUUGCAUCACCCUGACUCACCUUGAUAUCUCCAAAACCUGAGGACUUACAAAGAUGCUGUCUUCAGGAAAGUUAUUCAGAAGACCAAAAGCAACAACUUUUCUGAAGGCUGCAUUUUUGUAGGUGUUCUGGUUUUAGAGAUAUCGAGGUGAGUCAGGGUGAUGCAAUAUUGUUGCAAUACUUUUUGUGAGUCCGUACUUAUGACGGGUAGUGUAUCAUAUGUAGGCGAGUUACAGUAAAAAUUUCAGCUCAAUCGGAGCAUUGAUUACGAAGAAUGAGAUGUUUGAAGUGAGCAACUUUGCUUAAAAAUAGAACAAAAAUUGAUUUCAAAUCAUCAACGAUGUAUGGGAAGUCGAAAAAUUUUCCGCUCUACUGUAAUUUUUUUCCUUCGCGUUUUCGAAUUCAGAGCACGAUUCUACACCAAAAAUGAUCAUCAGCUUACCGAGUUCAAAAAUGCUGUAAACUAGUGUUAUCAACUGCUGCAUCUUUCUUAGCGCGGUUCAACACAGGAAUAGCACUCAUGAGCGGGUUACGAAUAUCCGUCCUGUUGUAACUUGCUAGCUCGGGGUGGGAAUCUGCAGGGUCGAUGCAUGACUUUUCUUUCCCAUACAUCCACUGCCAUGAAUGAGAUCUAAAUCGUUGCAGGAACAGUAUGCAAUGGAACUCUGACUCACAUGAGGGGCAAGUGUCGGAGUAAGGGUGUCCAAACUAAACAUUUAGGGGACAAACGCUAAGAAAUAACCAAUCACUCCAAAGGCGAGGCUUGAAUGGUUCUCUAUCGGAACCUGGAAACAACGAACAAAGAAAAGGGGAGAGAAAGUCUACAAUUCAGGGCUGCUCUCUCUAAAUAAUGGGCUACCACUGAAGCUAUCUAAUAACAUACACCCUUAAAUGAAACAACACAGCACACGAGUAACUUUCACGCAGCGACCGAAAAGACAAAAGAAUUUUCACGCAGAUUUGUGUAACACCGGAU